UUGGCCCUUUCAGUACCUACAUACUUUUUUUAACAAGUUCAGCAGUUCUUGGAUGUAAUUUUUCAUGCUGUAAGAGACCGAAGCCUGCAAUCAGAGAAAUUUCAGUAGCGGGACUGCGGGUUGCACUUACCAUCACUGCGCAGAGAGAGACUAAAGAGAUGCAGCAAACAAUGUGGUAUAAGCAGUGCUUGACAGAGGUCUGGGCUGGCUUUGAUGAUUCAGCUAACAACAAAGAUCGCAGUCUCACUCGAGAUGACAGAAUACAUGGUUCAUUGUUGGUGUUGAAUGAAUUACUUCGCUGCAGCAACUGUGAGUGGGAGAGACUUCUAAAACAGUUGCGGCACCUCACUCAUUACCAAACACUAGCUCCGAAAAAGGAUGGCAUGUCAUCGGUAGUGAAGCGACUCCGUGGAGGUCAGGGGUCACUGUCAUCCUCACCUCACACGCCUCUGGAUCUUCUUUCUUCUCUACCAUCCCACUCUAACUCAACCAUAGGGGGUCAAGAGACGACAAUCUUGGAUCAUCCCUGUGAGAGUCGCACCUGUCGUGAGCUCAUUUUAGAGAAGUACGAUGAUAUUUGUACUCAGGUCCUGAAUCAGAGGAGUAGUCGAAGCAUCGUCAUUCAGAGUGCCCUCCUUCAGAUCCUGCCUAGGUUGGCUGCACUUAAUAAAGAAAAAUUCUCUCGGAGGUGAGUUUUUUCUUUGAAAUAUUUGCUCUUCAGUGAAAUAUUUGGUAAAUUCUUAUGGUAUGGGAAAACACUCGGUUUUAUAGAAAUAGCAAGAAAUGUACAAGCUAGUAUGCUAAGUAAAGCUGUCAAGCUCAGGCUUUUAUGUUCAUUGGCCCUUUAUGAUUGCUCUUCACAUACAGUAUAUUAAAUAUCUUUGAUUUCAUUUAGGGUUUGUUUUUAUUUUCAUAAACAUCAAGGAAAAUUAAGUUUAGGACUAACUGCUUAAGGACUGUUGCUUGUAAUUAUUUGCUGAAAAUAGGUUAGAGAGGUUAAUUAUAGUGUCAUUUUAGUUGGAGUGUGGUUGAGCUAAGUGGUGGAACAAGAUAUCUAUAUUAAAAGAAGACCUUUUAUUAUUAAGAUAUUUCACCUUUAAGAAACCUUUAUCAGGUACAGGAAAUAUGUAAAACAUUGAUGUAUGUGUAAUGCUGAAAAGUAAACUGUUAGGUGCAGCUGAGGUGGCAUCAGGUGUAAGAGGGGUCAGGUGAAGGUGAAGUCAAGCACAGGCAAGGCAUACAGCACCUGAGGUCAGGCGAUGUUAGGAGAGGUCUGGACUUGGGGAUCAGGUCCUGGUAUUCUGUGCCUGUGGUGAUACAAAAUUGUUUGUGUGAUUGGUUUUGGCUAUAGAAACAUCCCUGUUUUGUGUGAUGGUAUUAGUAACAUUAAUGGUUGCAGAUUCUAGAUAGAGUGUCUUAUUCUUCUGGUAUAGUAAGUAUGCUUGUCCAGUUCAUGAGACGUUAGUGUGUUGUGCAGUAUGCAUGCAUUCCAGGUGUCCUCGGCUCUGCAAGUGUGUGUGUGUGUGUUCCUGUGAACAUGUGUCCAAAUCUGUGGCUGUUUCACCAAUAUUUAAUCUGUAACACAAAUAACCCUCACAUAGAAGAGAGGAGCUUACGACGACGUUUUGGUCCGACUUGGACCAUUUACAAAGUCACACUAACGAGAAGUAGAGCAGGAAGGGUAUAUAUAGGCAGGAAGUGGUAGUGGUAGUAGUAGUAGUAGUGGAGGUGGAAGGCAGUAGUAGUUUUGGAAGUAAGGAGGAGGAGGAGCCAGUCAAAUACUAAGAAAGGGGAGCAGUGCAAGGGAGCUAGGUGCCCACAGAGGGUAAG